AUGGCGAUCCUCGACAAAAUCCAUACUGUCGUCGGCAGGAGGUCUGCAGACGGCGAAAAGUCCUCCGUUGACGACCCCGUUGCCAUGCAAAUCAGGGCCGGCGACAAGGAAGCCCAGCAUGCGCCCGCCAACGAAAUCACCCCGGCCGACGACAAGGUGGCUGAUGAUGCCCAGCUAGGUGUCAAGAAGAUCGAGGCUGUUACUCUGACGUGGAGCAAGAGAUCGGUGUACUUUACUUUGGCGCUUAUCUGGAUCCUGACCCUCGUCAACAACAUGAAGAGCUCCGUGGUUGUCAGUUUGACUCCGUACGCUACUAGUUCCUUUCUCGGCCACUCGCUGCUGACCGUCGUCACCAUCGUGGCUUCGUCCAUGGCUGGAGCCGUGUACAUCCCCAUGGCCAAAGCACUGGACCUCUGGGGUCGUGCAGAGGGCUUCCUUGCAAUGCUUGUCCUCUGUCUCCUGGGACUGAUCCUCCUCGCCGCCUCGCAGAACCUUCCAACCUACUGUGCGGGCCAUGUGUUCUACUCGGUCGGCUUUGGAGGUCUCAGCUACAGUUGGGACGUGCUUGCAGCCGAUGUGACGAGCCUUCGGAAUCGAGGUCUCGCUUUUGCGUUCACAUCCUCACCGGCCAUCAUUUCGGCUUUUGCUGGUUCCAAGGCUGCGGAGGGCUUCUUGGACAAUGUGAGCUGGCGAUGGGGAUAUGGGUGCUGGGCGAUUAUUCUACCCUUUGUUGCUCUGCCCAUCUAUGGUAUGCUUUCGUACAACCUCCGCAAGGCCGAGAAGAAGGGGGUUCUCGUUAGGGAGAAGAGGCAGUGGUCGCUUAGCCCAAAGUCCAUCUGGUGGGCGAUUAUCGAGUUUGACUUGCCCGGAGUCGUCCUGUUCGCCGGCGGAAUGGUCGUAUUCCUGCUCCCAUUCACCCUGGCCAGCACAGCCCCCCACGGCUGGAAGACCGGCUACAUCAUCGCCAUGAUCAUCGUCGGCUUCUUCCUCAUCAUCUUCUUCGGGCUCUACGAGUUCCUCGUCGCCCCAGUCCCAUUCCUAAACUACAAGCACCUCACCGACCGGACCGUCCUGGGCGCCUGCCUCCUCGACAUGACAUACCAAGUCUCGUACUACUGCUACGCGGCAUAUCUCUCCUCCUUCCUGCAGGUGGUCUACGAGCUCGACGUCGCGACGGCAGGAUACGUGGUGAAUACCUUCAGCGUCGUCUCCUUCGUCUUCCUCUUUGUCGCGGGCUGGCUCAUCCGCUGGACCGGCCGAUUUAAAUGGAUCCUCUGGGUCUGCGUGCCCCUCUACAUCUUCGGCCUCGGCCUCAUGAUCCAUUUCCGGCAGCCCGGCGGGUACAUUGGGUACAUCGUCAUGUGCGAGAUCUUCUUCUCCGUCGCGGGUAGCAUCUUCAUCCUCUGCGUGCAGCUCGCCGUCCUCGCCUCCGUCGACCAUCAGCACGUCGCGGCCGUCCUCUCGCUCCUGUUCGUCAUGGGCAGUAUCGGAUCCUCGAUCGGGUCCGCAAUCAGCGGCGCAAUCUGGACCAAUACGUUCCUCCCCUAUUUGGAAAACCACCUCCCUGCAUCCGCGCAGCCGAAUGUCGCGCUUAUCUUUGAGAGUUUGCCGACGCAGCUUACGUAUGCGGUGGGCACGGAGGUGCGCGAUGUUCUGAACGAGGCGUAUGGGUAUGCGCAGGUGCGCAUGCUUGCGGCUGGCACGGCAUUCAUGGUCCUUGGAUUCAUCUGGGUGGGGAUGAUGAGGAACCUGAAUGUCAAGGAGAUGACCCAGACCAAGGGCAACGUUUUCUAA